GAGAGUUCUCUCCAUAUUUACGCAGUUGGAUCUUUCUCUCCCAAAAAUUACAAAAAACAAUUUCAUCAAUUUUUAUUUUUAAUUUUAAUUUUCAAAAAAAAGGAACGAAAUUAAUUGUAGCCGCCAAAACAAAACUUCACCAACUCAAAUUUCUGCUUCACUCUCUCAAAACCCUAAUCGAUCGCCAUGGAUAUCCGAUUCCCUUACUCUCCGGCUGAGGUAGCCAAAGUCCGUACUGUUCAGUUCGGAAUACUCAGCCCAGAUGAGAUCAGGCAAAUGUCGGUUGUACAGAUUGAGCACGGUGAGACAAUGAUGGGAGGUAAACCUAAGAUAGCUGGGUUGAGUGACCCUCGACUUGGUACAAUUGAUAGGAAGAUGAAGUGUGAAACUUGUACAGCGAAUAUGGCUGAGUGUCCUGGUCAUUUUGGACAUCUUGAGUUAGCUAAGCCUAUGUUUCACAUUGGGUUUUUGAAGACUGUUCUUAGUAUAAUGCGUUGUGUUUGCUUCAAUUGCUCUAAAAUAAUGGUUGACGAGGAUGACCACAAAUUUAAGCAAGCUAUGAAAAUUAAGAACCCGAAAAAUAGGCUCAGAAAGAUUCUGGACGCUUGUAAAAACAAGCAAAAGUGUGAUGGUGGUGAUGAAAUUGAUGUUCAAGGUCAAGAAACUGAGGAACCUGUGAAAAAGAGUAGGGGUGGCUGUGGUGCUCAGCAACCAAAGCUCACUAUAGAUGGAAUGAAAAUUAUUGCAGAGUACAAAGCUGCUAGGAAGAAAAGUGAUGACCAAGAGCAGCUUCCUGAACCUGUGGAAAGAAAACAGACCCUUACUGCAGAGAGGGUUCUUAGUGUUUUGAAGAGGAUAAGUGAUGAGGAUUGUCAGCUUUUAGGGUUGAAUCCAAAGUAUGCUCGGCCAGAUUGGAUGAUUCUACAAGUUCUUCCUAUACCUCCACCUCCGGUGCGGCCUUCUGUGAUGAUGGACACAUCUUCUAGGAUUCAGGAUGAUUUAACUCAUCAAUUGGCCAUGAUUAUAAGGCACAAUGAGAACCUAAGAAGACAGGAGAGAAAUGGGUCUCCAGCUCACAUUAUUUCAGAGUUUGCUCAGUUAUUGCAGUUUCACAUUGCCACAUAUUUUGACAAUGAGUUGCCUGGAUUGCCAAGGGCCACACAGAGAUCAGGGAGGCCAAUUAAAUCAAUUUGCAGUAGGCUUAAGGCAAAGGAAGGUCGAAUUAGAGGAAAUUUGAUGGGGAAACGAGUUGACUUUUCUGCACGAACAGUUAUCACCCCGGACCCAACAAUUAACAUCGAUCAAUUAGGAGUGCCAUGGAGUAUUGCUUUGAAUCUUACGUAUCCAGAGACUGUGACUCCAUAUAAUAUUGAGCGGUUAAAGGAGCUUGUUGAGUAUGGGCCCCAUCCCCCACCUGGUAAAACUGGUGCUAAGUAUAUCAUUAGGGAUGACGGACAAAGGCUUGAUCUUCGUUACUUGAAGAAAAGUAGCGAUCAUCAUUUAGAGCUUGGAUAUAAGGUUGAGCGCCAUCUGAAUGAUGGAGAUUUUGUUCUCUUCAACCGUCAACCUAGUCUCCACAAAAUGUCUAUUAUGGGGCACAGAAUCAAGAUCAUGCCAUAUUCAACAUUCAGGUUGAAUUUAUCGGUCACCUCUCCAUACAAUGCCGAUUUUGAUGGUGAUGAAAUGAAUAUGCACGUUCCUCAGUCAUUUGAAACAAGAGCAGAAGUUCUGGAGCUUAUGAUGGUGCCGAAAUGCAUUGUAUCCCCUCAGUCAAAUCGGCCAGUAAUGGGAAUUGUCCAGGAUACACUCUUAGGUUGUCGUAAAAUCACAAAGAGGGACACAUUUAUAGAGAAGGAUGUUUUCAUGAACAUUCUGAUGUGGUGGGAGGAUUUUGAUGGAAAGGUUCCUGCUCCUACGAUUUUAAAGCCACGGCCUCUCUGGACUGGAAAACAAGUUUUUAAUCUUAUUAUUCCAAAACAGAUAAAUCUUAACAGAACUUCUGCCUGGCACUCUGACACAGAAACUGGAAAUAUAACUCCAGGGGAUACAUUUGUUAGAAUAGAAAAGGGAGAGCUUCUAUCUGGAACUCUUUGCAAAAAGGCUCUUGGGACAUCUUCAGGAAGUCUUAUACAUGUUAUAUGGGAAGAGGUUGGUCCAGAUGCUGCUCGUAAGUUUCUGGGUCAUACACAGUGGCUUGUGAACUAUUGGCUUUUGCAGAAUGCUUUUAGCAUUGGUAUCGGAGAUACUAUUGCUGAUGCAUCAACUAUGGAAAAAAUUAAUGAGACCAUUUCGACGGCCAAAAAUGAUGUGAAGGAACUUAUCAGAAAAGCCCAGGAGAAAAAGCUGGAGCCUGAACCUGGGCGGACAAUGAUGGAUUCGUUUGAAAACAAAGUGAACCAGGUCUUGAAUAAGGCUCGUGAUGACGCUGGAAAUAGUGCCCAAAAGAGUUUGUCUGAAAGCAACAAUCUUAAAGCCAUGGUUACUGCAGGGUCCAAAGGAAGUUUUAUUAAUAUCUCACAGAUGACUGCUUGUGUGGGGCAGCAAAAUGUAGAGGGCAAGCGAAUACCUUAUGGGUUUAUAGAUCGGACACUGCCGCACUUCACAAAAGAUGAUUAUGGGCCAGAAAGUCGUGGCUUUGUUGAAAAUUCAUAUCUACGAGGACUGACACCUCAGGAGUUCUUUUUCCACGCUAUGGGUGGUAGAGAAGGUCUUAUUGAUACUGCUGUGAAGACUUCUGAGACUGGUUACAUCCAGAGGAGACUAGUUAAGGCUAUGGAAGAUAUUAUGGUAAAAUACGACGGGACUGUUAGGAACUCAUUAGGUGAUGUUAUUCAAUUUCUCUAUGGAGAAGAUGGUAUGGAUGCUGUUUGGAUAGAAUCGCAGAAGCUAGAUUCAUUAAAGAUGAAAAAAGCAGAAUUUGAGAGGGUGUUCAGAUACGAGUUUGAUGAUGAAAAUUGGAAUCCAAAUUACAUGUUGCCUGAACAUAUUGAGGAUCUUAAAACCAUCAGAGAGUUCCGCAAUGUAUUUGAUGCUGAAGUACAGAAACUAGAAACAGACAGAUUACAACUUGGAACUGAGAUUACAACCACAGGUGAUAAUUCUUGGCCAUUGCCUGUGAACUUGAAGAGGCUUAUUCAGAAUGCACAGAAGACCUUUAAGAUUGACUUCAGAAGGACUUCAGAUAUGCAUCCUAUGGAAAUUGUGGAAGCUGUUGAUAAGCUUCAAGAAAGGCUGAAGGUUGUUCCUGGGGAUGACUUAUUGAGUGUUGAGGCUCAAAAGAACGCUACGUUGUUUUUCAACAUUUUGCUCCGAAGCACUUUUGCUAGCAAAAGGGUACUGGAAGAGUAUCGGCUUACUCGGGAAGCAUUUGAGUGGGUUACUGGAGAAAUAGAAUCUCGCUUCUUGCAAUCACUUGUAGCACCCGGAGAAAUGAUUGGUUGUGUGGCUGCACAAUCUAUUGGUGAACCUGCAACUCAGAUGACUCUCAAUACCUUCCAUUAUGCUGGUGUGAGUGCAAAGAAUGUCACUCUUGGUGUUCCCAGGUUGAGAGAAAUUAUAAAUGUGGCCAAGAGAAUCAAAACUCCAUCUCUCUCUGUCUACUUGAAGCCUGAAGCAAAUAAAACCAAGGAGAGGGCCAAAACAGUUCAGUGUGCUUUGGAGUACACCACUCUCCGGAGUGUAACUCAAGCCACAGAAGUGUGGUAUGAUCCGGACCCCAUGAGCACAAUCAUCGAGGAAGAUGUUGAUUUUGUCAGGUCUUAUUAUGAAAUGCCUGAUGAAGAGGUCAACCCAGAUAAAAUAUCUCCUUGGUUGCUUCGUAUAGAGUUGAAUCGUGAAAUGAUGGUGGACAAGAAAUUGAGCAUGGCUGACAUUGCUGAGAAGAUCAACCUUGAAUUUGAUGAUGAUUUGACUUGUAUUUUUAACGAUGACAAUGCUGAAAAACUGAUCCUUCGGAUUCGUAUCAUGAAUGAUGAAGCUCCAAAAGGGGAAUUAACUGACGAGUCUGCCGAGGAUGAUGUUUUCUUAAAGAAAAUUGAAAGUAACAUGCUGACAGAAAUGGCUCUUCGUGGUAUCCCAGAUAUUAACAAAGUCUUUAUCAAACAUGGUAAAGUAAAUAAGUUUGAUGAGAAUGAUGGAUUUAAACCAGAGAAUGAGUGGAUGCUGGAUACAGAAGGUGUUAAUCUAUUAGCAGUUAUGUGCCAUGAAGAUGUUGAUUCCAAAAGAACAACCAGUAAUCACUUGAUUGAGGUUAUUGAAGUUCUUGGUAUCGAGGCUGUUCGUAGGUCACUUUUAGAUGAAUUGCGUGUUGUUAUUUCUUUUGAUGGAUCUUAUGUGAACUACCGGCAUCUGGCUAUCCUUUGUGAUACCAUGACCUAUCGUGGACACUUGAUGGCUAUUACUCGACAUGGAAUCAAUAGGAACGACACUGGUCCAAUGAUGCGAUGCUCUUUUGAGGAAACUGUGGAUAUUCUUCUAGAUGCUGCAGUGUAUGCUGAAACAGAUUGUUUGAGGGGUGUGACUGAAAAUAUAAUGUUAGGUCAGCUGGCUCCUAUUGGUACAGGAGCACCUACCUUGUAUCUCAAUGAUGAGAUGCUGAAAAAUGCUAUUGAACUGCAGCUACCUAGUUAUAUGGAGGGCCUUGAUUUUAGUAUGACACCUUCACGUUCUCCAAUGUCGGCCACUCCUUACCAUGAUGGUUUGAUGUCACCAAACUAUCUGCUGAGCCCAAAUCUCCGUCUGUCUCCCAUUACUGAUGCGCAAUUCUCGCCAUAUGCUGGAACAAUGGCGUUUUCACCUACUUCAUCCCCUGGUUACAGCCCAUCAUCUCCAGGCUAUAGCCCAUCUUCCCCUGGAUAUAGUCCAACCUCCCCUGGUUAUAGCCCAACUUCACCUGGAUAUAGCCCCACUUCACCUGGGUACAGCCCCACAUCUCCAACCUACAGUCCUAGCUCUCCGGGCUAUAGUCCAACAAGUCCUGCCUAUUCUCCUACAAGUCCAUCUUAUUCACCCACAUCACCAAGCUAUAGCCCUACUUCUCCAAGUUACAGUCCAACUUCACCCAGUUACAGUCCAACAUCUCCAAGUUACAGUCCAACCUCACCAAGUUACAGUCCGACCUCACCUGCUUACAGCCCCACUUCCCCUGCUUACAGUCCCACCUCCCCAGCAUACAGCCCAACCUCCCCAUCUUACAGUCCCACAUCCCCUUCAUACAGCCCGACCUCACCUUCUUACAGCCCUACAUCACCUUCCUACAGCCCAACAUCACCGUCCUACAGCCCUACAUCUCCGUCCUACAGUCCAACUUCACCAGCCUACAGUCCAACUUCUCCUGGUUAUAGUCCAACCUCGCCAAGUUACAGUCCAACCUCACCAAGUUAUAGUCCAACAUCUCCAAGUUACAAUCCUCAAUCAGCAAAAUACAGUCCAUCAUUGGCUUAUUCUCCAAGCAGUCCGAGGUUGCCACCAGCCAGUCCUUAUAGUCCUACAUCUCCAAAUUACAGCCCAACAUCGCCGUCGUAUUCACCUACAUCUCCAUCUUAUUCUCCUUCUAGCCCCACAUAUACUCCCAACAGCCCAUAUAACUCUGGUGUUAAUCCGGACUAUAGCCCAAGUUCUCCACAAUACAGUCCAAGUGCAGGGUAUUCACCCAGCCAACCUGGGUACUCACCAACUUCUACGAGUCAAUACACCCCACAAACAAGCGAUAAAGACGAUAAUGAUGAUAAGAGCACUCGUUGAGCCCCUUUUUUCCAGUUCUUAAAAUGGAAUGGGGAGAUUAUUCAAAGCUUUAUUGGGUAAGUGGACUUAAGAUCUGUUGGAACCUUGGCCAAAAUGGACCACUCCACUUCAGACCUAAAGGACCCAGCUUUUUCUGAGAAAGUUCUUUUGUACUAUACUGGAUAUGAGUUGAUUAUAACAAUUUGGGACUGAUGAUACUAAUUCCAAAAGACAUAACAACCACUGCUUAUUAAAUUUCUCUUAAAUGCAACAUCCUUUUUGGUAUUCUUCUACUAUUACUACUAUAGUCCAAAAAUAUUGAUUGAGAUGAGGAGGGUCUAUGUAUAACUUGUUAUAUUUGUAAGAAAUUUAUUAUAAGAAAACAACUUUAGAAUUUUGCAUUAGCACCCCCUAUGUUUUAAUGGUAUUUUUGUUCUCUUUUCUAA